UCGGCUAGUUUUACCAUGGCGGCUUCAGUGGACGGACAGAAUAUUUUACUUCUCACUGACUCCUAUAAGGUGUCUCAUCACCAACAAUAUCCAGAGGGAACAUCUACUCUCUUCUCAUAUUUUGAAAGCAGAGGUGGGAAAUUUUCAAGUGUAUGCUUUUUUGGGCUCCAAUAUAUUCUAAAGAAAUGGCUUGUUGGGCAGGUGAUAACAAAGCAAAAGAUUCAGGAAGCAAAAGAAUUUUACGAGCUUCACUUUGGUACAGAUCUGUUUAAUGAAAAAGGCUGGACCUAUAUUCUUGAACAUCACAAUGGCUUUCUACCUCUCAGAAUAAGAGCAGUUCCUGAAGGCAGUGAUGUGCCUGUAAAAAACGUUCUCUUCACAGUGCAAAACACUGAUCCCAACUGCUUCUGGUUGACAAGCUGGGUUGAGACUGUCUUAGUUCAGACUUGGUAUCCAACCACAGUUGCUACAAAUUCAAGAGAACAAAAAAAGAUCAUUGCACAGUAUCUUAGUGAGACUGCUGACUCCUUGGAUGGACUUCCUUUCAAGCUCCAUGAUUUUGGCUUUAGAGGAAGCACUUCUGUUGAGUCAGCGUCAAUUGGUGGAGCUGCACAUCUUGUAAACUUUUGUGGCACAGAUACUGUGACAGGAAUCGUCAUGGCAAGGAAWUACUAUGGAUGUGAAAUGGCAGGUUUCUCCAUUCCUGCUGCAGAACACAGCAMAAUUACUACCUGGGGAAAAGAGGGUGAAGUUGAUGCAUACAGGAAUAUGCUGGAAAAGUUUCCUUCAGGUUUGAUGUCCUGUGUUAGUGACAGCUACGACCUAUGGAAUGCCUGCAAAAAUUUGUGGGGCAAAGAGCAAAAGGAACUCGUUGUUAAACGAAAAGGUAUCCUAGUGGCGCGGCCUGACUCUGGUGACCCUCCAGAGGUCGUAGUGAAGGUUCUUGAGUUACUUGGUUCGGCGUUUGGUACAACAAAGAAUUCAAAGGGCUUUCACAUGUUGCCUCCUUAUGUGAGGAUAAUCCAGGGUGAUGGUAUAAGUUAUGAAUCCUUAGGAAAAAUACUUGAAAAGGUGAAAAAACACAAAUGGAGUACAGACAACAUUGCAUUUGGAAGUGGAGGUGCUCUUCUUCAAAGGUUGGACCGAGAUACUCAGAAGUUUGCCUACAAAUGUUCCUAUGCUGUGAUCAACAAUAAUGAGGUCAAUGUGUAUAAGCAGCCCAUAACAGAUUUGAGCAAGAAAUCUAAGAAAGGCCUACUGUCCCUUGAGAAAGACAUUAAGGGGCUUUACAUCACAGUAGAAGAAGGGAAAGGAGACGCAAAAAAGGAUUUGUUGGUAACCGUGUUUGAAAAUGGUCGACUUCUCAAAGAAUACAGCUUUGAGGAAAUACGACAGUGUGCUGAGUUACCCCUAGUCUUGUCUGCCAAGCAAUCCAAGGUUUUGAUAGACGUAAUUCAGACGACGUCGACACCUUCAGCUGUUGGGGAAUGAUUAAAUGAAUACAUGAAGAGAUACACCUGGCACAGUAUUUGAUUAAUGCACUUCUAAUAAGCGACAACGGCAAUAAAGUGGAUCGGCGACGCGAACAGAAUGCUUGAUAUUGCAGACUCUUUGAAAGAUGUAAAUGUUAUUUUUCCUGAAAAAUUAUAACCCAGCCCAAAACGAUUUUUUUGAUCGAUUUGAUCCUUUAGUAACAAAUGAUAAAGCUGGAGGAAAGUUUGCUUUUUAUUAAUGCGCCUUUUCUAAUAGAACUUUUCGAAAUAAAACAUGUGCAGUAAAGUACAGUUAAGACGUAUCGACUGGAAUAGGUAUAGUUUGUUUUCCCAAAGAGGUCUGGUACAUACCCUGCGAUAUGAUGUAUCCGAUCAAAACGAGACUUUGCCUGUUCAAAGCUUUUUGUUAUCUAUUUCUGAUAUACAAGUAAUUGCAAAAAGGUUGACAUUAAAUAUAAAAAAUAAAGCAUAAAAAA